UAUAAACCAACUUAUAAUGCCCAAACUUGAAGACGAGAGGCUCCGUUCUGUUCCCGUCUUCCAACAAAAGACUUUGAAGCCAAAUAAACGCCAAGAUGUCGGAGAAAAAGAUGUCAUCGAGUCGCAAGCAUCAUAUAAAGAGCUUGAUGCUGUCCAUCGCUAAAGGCUUGCUGGAGGAGGAGGCGAAGGAGCAGGAGGAGGAGAGGAGCAGAUACAUGGAGGAGAGCUGUCCUCCUGUCAGCAUGCCGAGGAGCAUGCAGGAGAUGCAGGAGCUGUGCAGAGAAAUCAACGACAAGAUCAACGUGAUCGACGAGGAGCGAUACGACCUGAAUACAAAAGUCACUAAAUCCGACAAGGAGAUCGACGACCUGAAGAUCAAGGUUCAGGAUCUGAUGGGAAAGUUCAAGAAGCCGGUCCUGAGGAAAGUCCGUAUGUCUGCAGACGCCAUGUUGAAAGCUCUGCUGGGCUCAAAACACACCGUGAACAUGGAGCUGAGAGCCAACCUGAAGCAGGUCAAGAAGGAGGUCAAAGAGGAGGAUAAGGAGCUGCGAGAUGUCGGUGAUUGGCGUAAAAACAUUGAAGACAAAGCCGGAAUGGACGGGAGGAAGAAGAUGUUCGAGACAGAAGCUUAAACAAGCUGUAGCAUUUCCAAAAGUCCCCGUUUUUUAUAGACUGGAUUAAUCAUCAGAUUCCUUGUGAGCUGCACAAACUUCAACACAAUAAACAAACUGAAGGAGC